AUGCUCGGUGCUGUGAGGGACCCACGGCCGCGAGGUCCCAGCGGUGCCCGGCUCUGUGAGGGCGCCGCGGGCUCGGUUCGGGGCCGUAACCAGGCGGAGCUCCCGGACAUGGGAGGGCUGCGAGCACGCAGGGAAAUACUAGAACAGCAUCCUCUUCAUUUUUCUUUCCAUGAUGGGAAAGUUCUGAAGCUCUGUCCUGUGAGGAGUGAACAGACCUGGGCACUGAACAUCAAGCGAGGUAUUCUCAGUAUCCUGCAGACAGCACCAGAACUCCCUGCUGCUGCUGUUGUUAAGGAGGUGGAUGUCCUGGGAGUAUGCCCAACCAGGUAUCAGCGAAAGGGUCCCAUUCUUGUAAAGACAAGGGACUUAAACCUCUGCUCCCAUCGCUCCUCUGGUUUGACUUCUGUGCAGUCUGUUGUUCUUCCUCAUGUGUCAUCUGAACAGCAGAUUCUGUCCUCCCAGCUGGAAUGUGUCCAGAGCAUUAGGGAUGGGGUCCUGGAGGAGGCCAAAUGUACCGAGUCCGACCGCGUGACGCUGUUCCCUCAGCAGGGCAGUGGGGCAGAGACACGGACACGGUCCGCACUCAAACUCGUGCAAGUGGAAACAGAGACACUCCACAAUAAAGGUGACUAUGCUUCUGCUAAAUUAAACUGCUUUAAAGUGGGUGUUUUUACAGGCUGGGCUGAGCUAUCCCUUCUUAGGGGGCUUGGGCCUUACAUAACAAAACUGUGUCGACCUCCAAAACUGCGGGACUCUGAGGAUCUGUAUGUGACCAGCAUUCUCUAUGAAAGGGAGGUGACUAACAGGGAGGUCACUGGUGCAAAAAUGACUGAGCUGGUGUGGAAGCUUUGCUUAGCACACAGUGCUAGUUAUGAGACUGCAGACCUUUUCAUGACUCUCGUGUUUGAGCUUCGACACCUUUCUCUUGAGGCCUUAAGAGCACUAUGGCAAAGAUCAUCAUUUAAGUGCAGAGACAAUUGGCAACCAUUAAUAGAUGCUCUCCCAUCUUGUGCCACAGAGGCAUGUGUUGUCCUAAUGACAGACCUCAUAGCUUCUGAAGAAGUUGAGGAAGACAAAGUAGAAUAUUUCUUCUGGUCAUUAGCAUUCAUUCCUAAUCCCACCUCGGGCAUGAUUGAAUCUCUUGCUCCUUUGCUGAAGUCACCUAGAGCAAGCCAGAGCUGCUUUUUGGGAAUAACUGCUCUUGUACAUAGGUUUUGCUCAGCUCACAGCUCCUGUGGUGUUGUACCUGCUGUGCAGAAUGUGAUGAGGACUCUUGGGAAAUUUUUGGGAGGAAACUGUACCAUGCAAGAUUCAGAACAUCUCAGCAAGAUGCAGCUGGUGUUGAAAGCCAUUGGAAAUGCAGGACUGGCAGCGGCAUCGCUGGCUCCUGCUUUGAGCUCGUGUGCUGCCCUGAGGAGCCAUCCCAUGGAAAUCCGCCUCGCUGCCGUCCAGGCCUUCCGACGCGUGCCCUGCUCAGCCAGGAAUGCUAUAUUAGUUCAGCUGUAUCAAGCAACCGAUGAAGAUGUGGAAAUAAGAAUUGCUGCUUAUUAUAUAGCAAUGAAAUGUCCACAUGAAGAUUUAUUUAAACAAGUACAGAAAACUUUGCUGAAAGAGACAUCCAGCCAAGUGGGCUCCUUUGUUUGGAGUCAUCUCUCUCAGCUCUUGGAGACAGAUGACCCAUUGAAGGAGCACCUUCGAGAUUCUAUUCCUGAUGAAAUCCUUAGCAAAGAUUUUGACUGGGAGACAUGGAAAUAUUCCUCAUACUCUGAUGUCACGUUUCACUCAGCUGGUGCCGGUGCAAACAUGGAAGCAUCAGUGGUCUUUUCUCCUAUAUCUUUUCUACCACGAUCAAUCAUGACAAAUUUGACUGUUCACUUCAUGGGACAGGCUAUAAAUCUCCUGGAGGUUGGUGUACGAGCGGAGAAUGCUGAAACGCUCAUAGAGAAGGGUUUUGGGCCAAAAUCUUCUAUUUUCAGUGACUAUUUUUUUGGAAACACUGAUGAAGCAAGCCACAAGUCAGAAACUCCAGUAGAAACAGCAGAGAAAGUCAAGCAGAGGAACCCGACUUUGAAGCGAUAUAGCCCCACUGAUCAUCUUGUGAGCAAGUCCGGCAAGCCAAAGCUGAGAAAAACAAACCAAAAUUGUCUUGGGAGAAAAUACAGUAAGAUGAAUGAGCUAGUCAAAAAGUUCACUGAGAGAACAGUAAAAAAGGAGGCGUUGAAAUGUGAGCUAAGCGUGAAAAUCUUUGGAAAUGAACUUAGCUUCUUAGAUUGUGAAGAUUUAAGAAAACAAAUGAAACAUUAUUCCUUAAAUCUGGCUGAGUUGGCUGUCAAACUUCUGAAGGGGCAGGAGGUCCAGUUCAAUAAAAGGAUGAGCUUGGCCACUGAAGAGCUGCAGUUUCCAGCAAUUUCAGGCUUUCCUGUUCAACUGGCAGUCAAUGCCUCAGCAGCAAUCAACAUAAAAAUCAAAGGAAGUGCUGAUUUCAAACAACAGUCCAAUUUCUUUCUAAAUGGAUAUAUCAAGCCAAGUGCAUUUGUUCAGCUUUCUGUCCAAAUGGGAAUUGUGGGGACUCUGGGACAAGCUGGCCUAAAGUGGUUAACAGGAAUGAGGACAUCUACUAGUCUUGAUGGGGGGAUCCAGGUGAAGAAAGGCAAAGAGCUCAAAGUUUUCUUGAACACUCCAGAAGAAUUUAUGGAGAUAAUUAAUUUCAGCUCUAAAGUCUACUUCAGAAUGGUGGAUGAGACAGAAGAUAUAGAUGUUUUCCAAGUCCACACAGAAACCAGAUCCUGCACUAGGGAGGAAGUAUCUGAGAUUAUUGGCUGGCAGCUGUGUUCUGAAAUGUCCUAUCCUGACCCAGCCAGUGGUUUGGUUUUCCCCCUCACUGGACCUUUGAGAGUGGCUGUGACAUUAACUAAGCAAGACAGAGGCCUGCAGCAGUACGUGGUGGAAGCUGCCUAUAACUACAUAGCUCAGGAGAAUUCAUGGAUCCCUAGUGAAGCUGUCUUUCACUUCUUCCUUGGGACUCCAAAGUCAGACUUGAAAAGAGAUGUUGGUGUUGACUUAAGUUUUAGUGUCCCACAGAAGAAAUUCAGAAUCCAAUUUAUACAACCUAAGAAAAAAAUUGAGAUUGAUGGGAGGAUUGAGUUUUCUAAAAAUUCCCGAGUUGGAUACCUGGAGCUGAUAGUGGAUGACCGAGAUGUGUAUUACAUUAAGGGAAUGGCAGAUUUGCAAAUGCUGAGUGGAGAGCAGAGAUACAUGACCCAGCUGGAGGUAAAGCUGAUAAAGCAAAGCAGUCCUAUCAUUUUGUCAGGAAACAUCACUAAACAGCUUGGCAAGAAGAUAGCUUUUUCAGUAUCUCUGAAUAAUUUGUUGAAGGAAGCUGCAUUUCUUUCAGCACUUCUGGAGCAAAAGGUUGAUGAUAAGCUGAGACAAUACUCGUUGGAAGGGGAGGCUCACCUUCCAGGUGUUCUUGGAGUUCACGCUGUCGCUCUUCUCCAGCAGCACGAGGGAUUGUGGUCUCAUGGUCUGCAGAUAAAAUAUGGACUCCUAGAAGAUGCAAAAAACCCUUGCCAUGAGUGCAGCACGCAGCAGAAAGUUCAAGUGGAGACGGGUGCACGGGGCUUCUACAGACUGGAGCUGGGCCAUGAGUUUCACUGUGUGCAGGCUCCCACCUACAGCCACCAGGUUCACCUGGAACAUGAAGUGACUGCAUCUUGGAUUUCCUCCCAGAUGGAAGUGAACUAUGGGAAACAUUGGGAUGAAAUAAACAACAAGAAGAAAGUGCUGAUCAGCCAAGCCUUUAAGAACAGUUCCAGUUCAUCUGUAGUCAGCUAUUUCUUGGAGUUUACCAUGCAAGUCCUGGAAAAACAGAUGAAUUAUAGAACCCAGCUGCAGCACUUGCACACCUCUCAGGUGUAUUUGCAGAGCAGCACCAAUUUUGAGGUGCAGUAUAAUGACCGUGUACCAUUUGUGGCUGGGCUGCGGUGGAAGGAUGCAUCCAGAAAUGGCCUGAAGAAGUGGGAAGGUGGGUUCAAUAUAGACACCCCAUGGCUCUACCUGUACACAGCUCACAAACUGCACCAGCCUCAGCAUUCUGCUUAUUUACUGACAUCCCAGCUGACAGCUGGAAAAGCUCUCUCCAUUAAAGACCUUGUACUGGAACUAUUCUAUAAAGAUCAAGGCAAUGAGAAGGAGGGGAAAGUUCACAUUUACACACCAGCUACCACAUACCUGCAGGCAUCCACAGUUAAUCAUCUUGGGAGGAAUGUUCUGCAUAGCUAUAGUGAAAUGAUCUCUCUGUGGAAUCAGCUCGUGAAGAAUGAGAUUCAUUUGGAGAAUAAUGAACGAGCCAAACUUCUCUGCUUUAAGAUAAAGAGUACAAAACAGGAAUUUAACUUCACAGCCAGCUAUCAGAAUCUGCCAACGCCUAAGAAGACAAAUUUUUCUGUGAAGAUUGUUUGGAGAGAUUAUAAAAGUCUGCCUGUUAUACUGCAGUGUGAAGGUCAGAUAAAAGAGCUGAGGAAGGAGAAGAUGCUCUAUCAAAAACGUGCAACCCUGCAUUUCAGGCAUCCUUUUAAAGUGCCUUUUCUGCAGAGCUUCCUUCUGCAGGAGACAUUUACUGUUGACAAAAAGCAAAAGCACUAUUUCAUGGAAACAAAAGUUUUGAUAAAUGGAGUGGAGGAAACAGUUCAGACUCUCAUACUUGGUUACCAACCUGAAAACCCCUAUAUUUGUGCUGGCUUAACUCAUCCUUAUAACAUUAGGAUAUUUCCCAAAGAUGUUGAAAUGUGCAUUUUAACUCUAAGUCAUCAAAAUGUGAAGCACGAGCUUGAGACUGUCCUAAAGGUGAAUAAAGAAGAUGUUCUCAGUUUUCUAGGGAGGUAUCAGGACAAAUCCGGUGAGGCAGAUUUUAGACACCUUUUACACGUGGAUGUGACACACUCGUUCCAGCUUGAGUUUCCACAAGCAGUGGCCCUAAGCGGGGAGCUCUUCUCCAGGCAGACUGAACUGGAACACUUAGACUGUGGUGUGAGUGUAAAAGCCAUCAUCAACAAGAACAUGUCUUCACAGGCCCAGGCAGCCCUGAAGAGUUAUGGUGAAAACAAUGUCAAUGGCUCCCUUCACCUUCAUUCCAAUGGAAGGGAAGUGCUGAUGCUGGAGGUCGAUGUGAACAAUGAAAAGAGGAGGAAUGCCAGAAUUGUUGAAUUGAGGGCUUUUCUCCAUCAGACAGUCCUGACAAAUCCAGAAUCAGUACAGUUCCAGCUCAUGGGCAAAAUAUUUCCAUCAAGACUUCUAUUGUCUUCCAACUUGAAGCUUAAUGAAAAUAGGCUUCACAUGGAUUUCAUGGGAGCCAGGGAGCAGAAAGCUGGUUUUGUUUUGUCCCUAAAUGGAAGAGUCCAACACACUUUUACUGGAUUAAAGGCUAUACCUCAUCUCCUUUCUCUGGAUGGAUUACUGAAGUGCAAAAACAACAUUCAUGAUGGUAACAUCAAUGUGAUGGUCAACAAAAGACUGUAUGGACUGCAUGUCAGGAACAGGAAUGUGUUUGGGAAUACCACUGUGCACAAUAUCACUGUUGCCAUGGUUCAGAAUGGCAGUCAGGCAAUCCCAGGGGAGGCAAGACUGAAAGGACACCUGGAACUGAGUAAAGAGAAGAAAAGGGGGCUAGCUAGCUUCCAGGUGGAUGAGAAGGCUCUUUCUGUAGAUUUUUUCAAUAUCAUGGAUCGUGGGCAUGGCACAGUCAGUGGGACUUUCACACAUAAUGUCGACUUUUUAACAGAUGCAGGGUUGCCUUUGGAUGGCAUUCUUACUGCCACAUGUGAACGUGGCACAGGCAAUCACACCAUUGCCAUAGCCCUGCAGAGUGGCAGUGAAAGGAUGGUUGCUGUGUUUGAGGGGCACAGACUGACCACAGAGCCUCCCACAUCCCAGCUAUCUGUGAGCUUAAAGCACAACAUCUCAAAGAUAAAGAAACAUGGGAUCCCUUUUGUUUUAGAAGCUGCUGGCUAUUAUGAGAAUUUCUCCAGAAAGAUCGCUGCAGGGAUAACAACCACAGUGGAGACAGAGCAGCUCAAGAUUGAAAUGGAGAAGAAAACCACUGACACUGCUAUGAAAAUUUCUCUUUCACUUCACCAUGAUGUGGGAGGACUGAUGGACAUUGUUCCACAUGUACUAGAGGUUGCUUGCAGUGGAGAAUCUGCUAACAAACAACUUUCUGGCCUUUGCAAUGGUGCAAUUGCAUUUCAUCAUUUUGAGACUCCAGCAAGAAUUUCACUGAAUGGGUCAAUAUUUACCAGCAACUUUACUGUCAUCCUCUUUGGACAUGUUUCUUUUCGUGACAUAUUUGCCUGCCUACAACUCUAUGCCACCUGUAACACCCAUCCUCAUUUAGAAAUCGACUUCCAGCAUUCUUUGCCUUCACUUCAUUCUCUGGGAAUUGCCAGAGAGAACCAGCUGAAGGUGUCAGCCAUGAGAAGUGACAAGUACAAGGGCAUCCUUGGUGUUGUCCUUGGGCCUUGCACUUUGGAAGCUGAUGGGGAAGUGAGCCUGGCAAGCAAUGAGACACGAUGGCUACUUGCUUUUAGAAACAAGUGCGUCAGUUUAGAGAGGAUGGGAUUGCCUCGUGCUGCAGUCUUGGGGGGCUCAUUUCAACAGAACAUCUGCAGCGUGGGCUUGUUAAUGAACCUGCAGUGUGAUGGCAGAGCAGUGGAUGUGCAGAUAGACACCUCCUGCCAGCAUGAAUAUACACUCCAAGGGAUGCUCAGGCAUUCAAUUCCCUGGCUCAGCCAGCUUGGGCUGCCUUUUGAAAACUCAGUCCUGUUCUCUGCAGCCACAGACUCCACCACAGAGGGCAUUUUCCUGCUGCAGGCUGGCAGAUGCACGCUGAGGGCUAGAGGGGAUCUCUGUAUUCAGAAUAAAGCUGACUGGACACUGGAAACAGAAACAGAAUGUCAACUUCUGCAGGAUCUCAGUUUCCCAACUCAGGCACGGCUCACAGGAUCCUUUCAGAAAGACAAGUGCCAGGCAGAGCUGCUCUCUGUCCUGGAAACAGAAGGCAAAACUGCCCGUCUUGAAGUGAGAGCAGAGUGCAAGCCAAAGGUGGCUCUGGAAAUUCAAUUCAGGCAUGACCUCCCCCAGCUGAAGGAAAUCCCAAGGGAAAAUGAGCUGUCCAUCACUGCACGGAAACACUUAAAAUAUCUUCUUGGAGUUGGAAUGAAACUGGGUGCCUGUGAGCUUCAAAUGAAUGGGGACUUUGACCCUGAAAAGAACCUGCAGUGGAAAAUGCUUAUAGAAAACAAAUGCCAAACAAUUCAGGAUAUUGGAGCACCAAUGAAAAUUGAUGGCUCAGGCCAUCUUUUGAUGGAUAAAAUGAACCUGGAUUCACAGACACUGAUCACUGUUGAUGAAAGUAAAUUCCGAGGACUCUUUAUACUAAAAGUCACUGAUGAAAGGCAAGAGCUGGAUGCAGUGCUAACCCAUAACAUCCAAGGAGCUGCUGACAUUGGCAUUCCCAUGAGGAUGUUACUUGAUGUGAUAUCAGAAAAAAACAGUGACUUCUAUAAAGGAUUUAUUCAUUUCUGUGUGAACAACAAGCAAAUUACAGAAGAACUGAACUUUGUCCAGAAGUUGGAUGUUGUAUCUCUUAAUUACAAACUUACUCAUAACAUAGACACAUUGAAGACUUUGCAAAUAAAAGACAAGAUUGAGUUGCAGGCUAUCUUGAACCUCAAAGUCACCAGGAGCUUUAGUUUGAAAGCGCUUUAUGGUGCUCACCUAACAGUUCUUGAAGGACAAAUUCAAGAAUUUGAAACAAUUACCAACAUAACAGGGAAUUUCCAUCACUCUUUGCCAUGGCUGCUGCAAGCCAGAGUCCCAUCAUCUUUACAGAUAGAUGUGGUUUUUCAAGGGAGAAACACUACUCAAGAGAGGUAUGUGCACAUUGCAGCUGGAGAAACAUCUAUCACAUACAUAAUAAACUCCUAUUAUGUUGGCCACCAAGUGGAUCUCUUCUGCCAGAGUGUGCACAGCAGUGAGGUACUCCAGGCAUCAGGCUACCCUAAGGCAAUCAACUUGAUUUUCAGUUUACAGAAAUCAGAAAACAAAGCCAAGACUGUCUGUGAAAUCCAGUAUGAUGAGAAAGAUAUAACUGUGACUGUGGAUGUUGAUACAGACUUUGAACUCUUUGGUAUAUUUGUGUUCAUGGCAGAGGUGAAGCAUUCAAUAUCACUUCUCCAUCACCUGGGACUUCCCUUCUUUCUUAAGAUGACAAUUCAAGAAGUCAUGACUGAAAAUGAAACUGAAGGUGCUCUGAGGCUGACCUAUGAACAAAACAAAAACUUCUCCUUUUCCAUCAGUAGGAAAAAAGACCAGCAAGGUGAAGAAUUGAAUAUAAAAGCACUCCAGACUCAUCCCUUCUUUCUACAGUACUUCCCCUGUGCAGCACAACUGUCUUCUAAGGUAAAUUAUGAUAUGAGUGAAGCAAAAGGCAAGCUCUACAUCAGGAUGGAAAAAAGGGAUUUCAACGUUUCAGCAAAGCUAACUUUGACUGGAAGCAGCUACACUAAUGCCAUUGAAGUGGCACAGACCAUGGCCCAGUUAAAAAUUCUUCCAAGGCAACUUGUGUUUAUGACAAUUUACCAAAAAGGCAACAGAACUCAUCUGCUGAGGCACAUUGCCCUGUGGGAUGGCAAAGAGAUAAAGCUAACAGGCACUUAUACUGGACCCUUCCCAAAGCUGCCUGGAGGCCAUGGCAUUCAGGUGGAACUGCUCCAUCCUCUCUCCAUCCCUUUUCCACGGCGUGCCUGGGCCAACUUGUAUGUGAAACAUUCAGCACGAAGUCACCAGGAUGUUCUUACUGUCAUUUGGAAUGAGAAGGACAAGAUAUCAGUGUCAUCUUCCCUGAAGAUUGGAAGACACCGGACAAGCUACAGAGCGACUCUUGCCCACCCAUUUAAUUACACUCUGAAGCAACUGGAGGUGCAUUCCCUGGCAGAAAGAAGGGGCAGGAAGUACAACCAGCAGCUGCAGGUCUCAGGGAAUGCUGGGCAGCCUGCUCACCUCCAGCUGGGGCUGGAGGAUAAAUCCAAGACGGACAUCAGUGCCUGGGGUGGCUGUGUGACACUCUCUGCAGGCCAGCUUAAGAGAAUAUUAAGCAUGGAACACCUGCAUGCAUGUGGGUCUCUAGAGCAAAGACCAACACUGUUUAAUGAAUACCUAGAUCUGAACUGGGAUGACAAAAAAUUCAAACACAAUUUCACGUAUGAGAGAAAUCAACUCUUGUAUCCUGAUAAGUUUCAAUUAGAAGCUGUUCUGGAAAAUAUUUUCCUGACCCCAUGUGCCAAACAGAAGAUUCUGGGUAAAAUAGAAACAAACUACUACUCUUGCCUGGAUUACUAUACAAGCUUUGAGUUCUGUGACCUUCCAAAUGUUAUUGUUUUAUCUGGAAAGCACCAGCUCAACACAGAUGACAUAAUUUUGCAGUCAGAGGGCAGAUUCCACCUUGCUGAUCAUGGGAGAGAGGCUGGAUUGAUUGGAAUAUCCAUAAAGAAUCAGAGCACUGCAGAUGUGAAGAACUAUUCUCUGGAAAUUGAAGUGAGUCUCUAUUUUAUUUUACUGGCACUGGGGUUUGAUUUUCAAAGGCCUGCAGCCAUCUGUUUCCCAAAGAGAUCAGGUGCAGGCAGUGACUGUAAAACAGCAGGCAACAUAAAACCCUCCUGCUUCCUUGUUUUUCCUUUAUGGCUGCAGUUAAGAGCCUUUGAAGAUAUUUGGCUAGGCCUGACAGGAACUGCUGCUUCCUCAUCUGUCCAGAGCCAAAUCCUGGUGGAGGGGAUUAUUGAUCAGAAAGAAAAAGUAAAAGUAGCUGCUUCAAAAGGAAAGGAGUGUUUUCAGUACUACAUGGGGUAUCUGCAAGGGCAUUUGGAAGAAGGAAUGGAAGUCAGUGCUUGUUCUGAUGGGAAACGGAUGGCUGCCAUUAACACCUAUCUCAGCAUCAAUGGUAAAAGGCAGGAAAACGUGGGACAAGUAACUCUAGCAGCUGCUAAUGGAAGCUUGAGUUUUCUGGCCCAUGGAUGUGGGGAUCCAGUUCUUAAGGCUGAGAACAAGCUUAAUGAAAUUGGGAGCCUUUUGAAAGCCACACUGACUGAGAAGAUAAAAAAGUUUGAUGGAUACCUGUGGAGAUUCAGGAGAUCAGUGCAGCAUGUUGGUUUCCUGUCUGAAGCAGCUGGCUGGCCUUCAAUGGCCUUGCAAAGGGCAGCAGAAUUCCUGCACAGUGGGGCUACAGCUAUCACCCAGGUGUGGAAGCAAAGUGGAAUUGGACACAUUCUGAGAAGCAGGAUCCCACUUUACCUGGAGAAAAUUCAAGAUGUUGUCCAGCAAAUGCAGAAUGAAUUACAAAAGCCAUUAGCAACUUUGAAAGAUGCCUACUACGAUGUAACCUUGAAGCCACUGGAUGAAGUCUGGAAAGAGAAGACAGAAGAGCACAUGAUGAAAAUCCUGUCUUUCUUACCCAAGAUUGUAAAAGAUGUGUGGCUAAUGAAACCAAUUCAGAUGGCAUUAAAGGUCGCAAAAGCAGGCUUGGAUAUGGCCACCCAGCAGGUGCUCAGGUGGGCAGAGGCCACGUUUUCCAGAGCUGUGAGCAAGAUCCGGAAGCCCUUGCUGAACCUGUACAGUUUUUCACCCAGGAACUGUUCAGUGGCAGGAAAGCUGCCAGUACUACCUACAGCAGACCUGUCCCUGCAGCUGGCAAAUGUUACCACUUACCUCAUUGGAGAAAAACUAAUGAGGCCUCUGCAGGACCUCUACAAUCUCAACAUACUUGCAGAGUACUACAGGAUCAAACGGAGGAUGAUGGAGAGCCCAUUUGAAUAUCAUGCUAUUUUAGUGGGGACCAAACAUCUUGUGACUUUUGAUGGAAGAAUGUAUGAUUUGGCAUCAAAGUGCAGUGUACUUCUUGCCAAGGAUUUUGUUCACAGUGCUUUCACUGUAAUACUAAAUGAGGAAACUAGGAACUCAAGAUCACUGUAUGUGGAGAUGAAUCAGACUGUGAUCACUAUCUACCCACGACUGAAGAUAUCCAAGAUGUAUAACUUCUCCUUUACGGAAGAGAACUGCCAAGUGCUGGAUCAAUCCCUUGAAAACAGUACCAUGAAUUCAAGGCAAGGAACCAACAAAAUAGAAGUAUCUGAUCAGAAAGGAGUUUCUGUCUCUUGUGACUUUCAGUAUGAUCUCUGUACUGUCACUCUGGCUGGGUGGCACCAUGGUGUUUCAGCUGGGCUUUUUGGUACCAAUGAUAAUGAAGCUGGAAACGAAUGGAUGGUGCCUAAUGGUUCCUUGACUGACAACGUGAAAGAGUUCACACAGAGCUGGCAGGUGAAUAAGUGCAGUCUGGUACAGAAGAAAGAGAAGCCAUGUCCAAUUACAGCUAAGCAAAACAUCUGUAAAGUGUUCUUUGAAGAACCACAUUCACUUCUUAGGAACUGCUUCAAAGUUGUGGAGCCCGAGCCAUUCUACACCAUGUGUACACAGGACACCUGUGACUCCCCGGCCUUGGGGGCUGCCUGCAGCUUAGCAGCAGCUUUUGUUCAUUUGUGCAACCGGAAUUUUGUCCCUGUUGAAAUCCCUCCACAGUGCUCAAGCCAGUUCUGAAUGGCAGAUGCCAGCCCUGAAGAUGGAAGAACCCUUUCAGCACCCAAAACAAAACAGUUAUUUUAGGCAGAGAACAGUAGAAGCGUGAAUGCAUUAGUGUUAACUGUGAAUAUAGUGAAGUAUAUAUAGUAUAAAAGGAAAACUUUCGACCCAGAACCUCUGAGGGCAAGAGGAAUUAUUUCAGUAUAUUGACAAGAAACUAUAAUCAACCAAAAGAAAUCAGAGAGGAAAGUAUCAGUUACUCUAAAAAAACUCUCUCAUUCGGUUCCAAAAUUGCCUCUCCACAAGCCUUGAACCAUAGCACAAAUACACUGAAAAGCUGAGAAAAGCUCUCUUCCAGCUCAGAUUGGUACAAGUGGACUACUUUGUGAAAGCAGCAUCAUCAGCUCUGUCAGCAGAGAUGCUGACUUCUUUUUUCUCCAGAAAUGAAACUGCACCCUUCAGUGGUUCUGGAGAAAGUUAUCUAUCUUUUCCAGGGAAGUGCUCCAACACACAAGAAGGCCAAGACAGAAAUAAGAUGGGUAAAUAAUGGAAAGCAGUUAAUAAUUUUCUCAUUUUUAUGCUGGUUGACUUUUCCCUUAUUAAUGUACACACACUGUUAAAUGAGAAACAGCCUUCUUAGUUUCUGUGCACCAGUUUCACAUUUUCCCUUUGUGUCUUUGGAAACCCCUUGGCAGCAGUCAGUUGAUGUGUUGGGAAAAGGUGACCAAUAUCUACCCUACCACGAAGUAACGUUAGGGUGUUAUAGCUACUGCUGUGUGAGUCUCACCUGUUGAAUCCCUUUCUGUAUUAUAGGUCACUUGAUUUAAAAAUUGCAUCACCUUUCUCCACACAGUGCCUGGAAUGCAGCUAUUCCUUGGUAAAAGGUAAUGCUGCAUAUACAAUGUUUGUGUAAUAUGCAAACAUUGAAAUAAUGGUGUUUCGUACUAUGACAUCAUGCUGAUAAACAUUUGACUGCCUUAUUUUUACACUGGAGUACAUUUUUAUUGAUUAUUCGUAGCAACAAAGUUGCACUGACCUCUAUAGAGAGUUGGCACUGGCUGGGUUUGACUGGCUCAGGAAAAGCAAGCAGCUGCCUCUUAUCUCAUGUGUGCUGCUUGCAGCUGCACUUGAUUUCUGAACACUUAUUCUCUAGCUUGAUACAAAUUAAAACAUGAUUCCUACAUUAGUCAGGAAAGAAUCCUGCAAUUUUUAGGAUUCCCACACACAUCAGAUGCUAGAAAUCAAGUCUUCCUCUGUAAUAAUUUUAUACCUGCACCCUUGUAAAAAGCCAAAAUGGUAUGAAAUAUUUCUGGAAGUUACAGAAUAUUUAUACCAGUUACUGACUAAAAAAACAUGUAAUUUUUUCCCCAGUUACUGAAUGUCACUUUACUCCCCAACUAAGCAUACCAAGCACCUCUGAAAAAAAUCCUACAGUGACAGUUUCAGAAACAAAGAAAAAUAUCAGCAAGUAGAGGAAAAGAUUGAGAAUAGCUCAGUCAGCAAUACAGGAAUUUAACUAAAUGCUAACUGCAGACAGCAACACUGAGGUGGAUGCAGACACUAGGUCUCCUCUAAAAGCUGCAUGUAACUUAUCACUUGUAAUAAAGAAGCCAUUUAACUACCAAUAAACAUUUUUAACUGCAGCCAUUUCACUCAGUCCAGUUGUUUGGUAUCUCUGAGCUGUUCCUAGGUUCACAGUGCACAGUUCCUGUCUAGAUACUCUUUAGAGAGUCAGGAACUUGUACAGGCCCUGGACACACCUCAAGCCCUGAAG